GGUCCCAGUACUUUCCUUAUUACUCCAAUUCUGAUUAUCUGAUAGCGUUCUGUUGAUUACAGUCCAGAGCAUGUGUGCCGGACCACGCGCAACUUUCCUAACAACAUCACCACAGACUGUCUCCUUCCUUACAUGACGCCCACCCUUAGUAACUGCUUACUUACUGCCAUGACAUUACAAGAAACGCAGCUUGAGGGGGGAGAGACGUCGCCGGCGCGUUCCCAUCGCAAACGAGGAUCUGAUGCUUCCUGGGAUAGGGCCGCAAGCGAGUUUGCCGCCCAGGCGGAGCGUUUGUCGCAUCUACAUCCGGCGGUUGGCGAGGAUGAUGGCGUCGCCAUUGAAGCACGCUUCGUGACGCCGCGGGAUCCGGUCAUCGUUACCUCGGAUGGCAGCCGGCUUCCUCCUGUCCCAGUGGAAGAAGCUCACAGGCUCAAUGUGCUGAGGAAGGCGCUGGAGGAUCACGAGCCGGCUACAAUACCGGCCGAGGAGAGUGAGGCUCGUCAUCCCGAUGUGAAAGCAGUGGCGUCGCUAGCCGAACGGGUUGUCGGUGUCCCGCCGGGAAAGACGGGAAAGCGAGAGAGGAAAGCGUCAAGCGCAAGCUUGAGAGAAGCGGUGCCGCCGACGCACACCCAUCCACUCUUUCCGCCACUGCCCCUCUACGGCCCACCGUCUCUGCUCCGGAAUGUCCAGUGCCUCAUCUUCCGGGUCUCUUCCUUUUUCCUCAGCUUAGCCUUUCUCGGUGUCAUUGUGCUCGGCGCCCUUUUUACUAGCAUUGGCCCAGCGCUGCGACGGAUAUGGCUGCGGACGACGUUCCGCAACCCGGAUGCAAACCGGCCAUUCCACGCCGAGGAGAAGCGACGGAAGAAGCGAAGGAAAGAAAAAGAACGGGAAUGGAUGCGCAGGCGGUCGUCCGCGCGCCGUGGCGGGGGAGAGGAGGCUAAUGCGGCCGACUGUGAUGGCUUUACGCCCACCGAGGGUGGCCCUGACCCGAUCGUAUGCGACCCGGCGUACUAUGCCCGCCGAGUGGGACUCGAUAUGGAGAUGUUCCAGGUCCAGACAGAAGACGGGUUCAUCAUUGAGCUCUGGCAUGUUUACGACCCGAAGGAGUACCAACCGCUACCCGCCGAAGAAAGGGCCCACUGCGAGCCUACAGCCUUCAAGAUCCCGAAGAAGAAGCCCGGCGAGAGCGCCAACGGCAAGAAGCCCAAAUUCCCCGUCCUGCUCAUGCAUGGCCUCCUCCAAAGCUCGGGCGCAUACUGUGUCAACGACAACGACUCCCUAGCCUUCUACCUCUGCAAAUCCGGCUACGACGUCUGGCUAGGCAACAACCGCUGCGGCUUCCGCCCGCGGCACGUCCUGCUCGACACGUCGGACCCGCGGAUGUGGUGCUGGAACAUCCGGCAGAUGGGCGUCUUCGACCUUCCGGCGCUGACGUCGCGCGUGCUGUACGAGACGGGCUUCGACAAGAUCGGGCUGAUCUGCCACUCGCAGGGGACGACGCAGGCACUGGUUGCGCUGGCCAAGGAGCAGCGGCCCGAUCUCGGGGAGAAGCUGACCGUCUUCUGUGCGCUGGCUCCCGCGGCCUAUGCGGGGCCCCUGAUCGGCAAGAUGUACUUCAAGUUCAUGCGCGUCAUCACGCCGGCCAUGUUCCGGCUCAUGUUCGGCAUCCACGCCUUCAUCCCCUUCAUGAUGACCAUGCAUGCGGUGCUGCAUCCGCGGGUGUACGGCUGGCUGGGAUACAAGGUCUUCUCCUUCCUGUUUGACUGGACGGACCAGCGGUGGGAUCGCGACCUCAAGAACAGGAUGUUUCAGUUUGCGCCCGUCUAUGUCAGUGCUGAGUCGAUGCGUUGGUGGCUUGGGCGGGAGUGCUUCGCCAGGCACAAGUGCAUCCUCGCGACGAAAGAGGAGUGGAGGGCCGAGGAACGAGCAGACCACGAGCUGGAUCAGCAACGGUCCAUCCUAACGGCUGCGGAUCGCGACAUGGAGGGUCAGGAAGCGGUGGAGAAGUCGGAGCAGGCGGCCGAGAUGCACAAAAGGAAGCCGAGGGGCUCGACGGCUUGGUACAAUCACCAGGCACCCCCUUUCGCGCUGUGGAUCUGUGGAGAGGACGAUCUGGUCGACGGAGACAAGCUGCUGAGACGGUUUGAGCGCAGGAGGGAGCCGCACGUCAAACUGGUCCACAGCAAGGUCAUACCGGAAUACGAGCAUCUUGACGUGAUCUGGGCCAUGGACGCUCCGGAGCAGGUGUUCAAAGAGGUGCGUGAGGUGCUGUGGAAGACGUGUAACGCGAGGGACGUGUGCCGCGUUCCGACGGGCUGUGAAGAAGUGGAAGCGUGGGUGCAACCUAAGGAUGAUGGAGAGGAAGAGGAGCGGGAAGAAACUGAGCUACAGUCGAGCAGCAGCGAGGAGUUGAUGUCAUGAGAUCAGCAUGGAAAGGAGGUAAUAUUGGGGCAACCGAUCUAAUGCAAGCUAAGAGGGUGUACACGCGGCAUACAAGUAGGUGAUAAUCAUUCGAGGAGUUUUGAAUUGGCUAGAGAAGCAACGGCAGGUAGACUUUUGGAAAGGGUGACUAGAUAUAUAAACCUGGAGAAUAAUGCAAAAGUAUU